AUGAAGGUGGUGCAUGAGGCCAGUCAGGUGGCUUAUAAUGCCAGCACCGCUCUGCAAACCAACGUCAAGAAAACAGCGCUUGCGGACAAGAAGCUGGCUUCAGUCAGCAAGUUAGAAGAGGAGAACUCUAAGCUAAAGACCGCUGUCUCUGAGGCCAAUCGGGAGGUCGAGCAACUAAAGAAGGACCAGGACAGCUUGACCGACGAAGUUGGAAACCUCAAGGCCAAGAAGGGCGAGCUAGAGUCUUAUCUGGGACAGCUUGCUGCAAAGUUGGUCUUGGAGCUUGAAGAACUUUGUCAAGACUUUGAAGUAGAGACCGGGUGGGUCGAGACGGGUCUCAACCCCAUAAAUUGUCCCGUCAAAGAUGAGGUUGCAAUGAAUGUGUUGCGGUUGGAAUCACGCAUGGACAACGAUGUUGCUUAUCUUGCCCGACUGAAGGCGGCGAUGACUCGGGUUGAUGCUGAACUCUGGCCUCAGGUGGAACUCUCACAAGACCUCGAGUCUGUGAUGGCUCGACUGAAUCAAAUACCUGACCGAGUGCAAGAAUGGAAGAAAUCAUCUGCUCGCUGUGGCACUGACGUCUCCCUGUCAUUGGUCCGAGUGCACUGCAAGGAUGUCAGAAAAGACAAGCUGGCGAAACUCAAGGUUGUGAACACCAAAAAGCACACUUUCUAGUCCUUCAUGGACACGUUCCUUGACGUCGCCACUCGCAUCACAGACAUCAUUGACCUUGACAGUUUCUGCAAUCCAGCAAGUCCUUCUCCUAACGAGUGAUCAAAACAUUAUGUCCCACCUUUAUUUACCUCGGAAUGCCGAGUGAUUAUGUAAUCAUUAAACUCUUUCAGGCUUGACGCCUAAGUACUUCUGCCUACUGCGGUCCUGAACUUUUGCAGGGUUUAUCUGAACUUGAAUUCCUUUGAAUAUCAUGGCUUUUAUUUUGGUUUUGAA